UCAGUUAAGAAAUUCUCAGUUCAUUAUUCAUAUUAAAGAGAAAGGCAGAUUUUCAUUGCAGUACAUUUGCAAAAACUCCUUGUGGCUUAAAGUUAUGCAAUCAAGCUUGGCUGCAAGUUCACGUGAAUGUGAUCUUCAAUUAAUACCAACACAAGACAAAAAGGCUUUUUUGAUUUGUUCCUACCAGCAGAAGUUAAGCCCUGAGCAGUAUAAUACUUUAACUCAGUAUCACCUCAUUGCUCCAGAUGAUCCCAUUACAAAUCCUGAUUACUCUUCUCUUGGUUUAAUCAGUGCAAGUUUAUCCAACAAAAAAAUAACUUACCAUGGAGAAAGUCGCUAUCUUCUAUUUUUGACUCAAAAUUACUCUUCACUUCAAGUUUUAAAGCAUUAUAUUGUUUUAAAGUGCUUACAAGAUUUUAACACCUCACAGUCCUCACCAGAAGGUAGUAUUCAACAAGCUGAGCCAUUUGUUCUGUUUGGCAGCAGCUUUCCCAAGGACAAAGAAUUCGCUCAGGUUUGUAGAAACAUUAGUGAAAUUAGGCUUUGUAUGGAAAGUGGUCGCAUGGUCAUACUCUUGAACUUGGAAAAUUUAUAUGAGAGCUUGUAUGAUGUCCUCAAUCAAUAUUACAUCAAAAGUGGUGGUCACAGAUAUGUAGAUCUAGGCCUUAGAAGUAACAGAAUGAAAUGUACUGUUCAUCCCAACUUCAAGCUUGUAUUAAUUGCAGAGAGGGAUAAAGUGUAUCAGGAAUUUCCAACUCCUCUUAUUAAUAGACUUGAAAAGCAUUUUGUUGAUGCUACAACAGUGUUACAACCAUGGGAGAAAGAUGUUUGCAAUCAGUUGGACACUUGGAUUAAAACAUUUCUUACUGAAAGAUUCACUAAAAAUGAUGCAUUUAUUGGCUACAGUUCAGAUACAAAUGCAGCCAUUGUACUACAAGCAACAUUUUUAGCAGACUCAGAGAAUGAUACAGAAAAAGUUCUAGAGAUCAGUAAAAGGCUGUUGUUACAGAUUGCUUCUCCAGAUGCUAUAGUCAGAAGCAUUUAUAAUGAUAGCAUGAAUAAGAAAUAUCAACAAAUCUAUUUUGUACAUCAAGAGCAUUCAUCACUCGCAGAUCUCAUGAAUAGAAUUCCUCCAGAUAAUCAAAUACUAUUACAGGUGACUACUCACACUCCAACACUCUCACAAACUGAGUUUGAGGAAUUAGCAAAUUGUAUUGGAAUGGAUAUGGAAAACAUGACUAGAAUUCAUUUGGAAGCAUUUCAAACUGAACAAGAUUUCAUUAAUAGCAUUGAUAUGAUGAUAAGAAAGGGUGAGUCCCAUGAACAUUGUGUCAUUUUUGAAUGUGAAAGAGCUCAUGAAAAUGGAAAUUUAAUUUCUUGCUGUCGGUAUCGUCUGACUGACAAAUUUAGAGAAGCUGUUGACUCAGGUGGAUUGAACACUAGGUUUGUUCUCCUCGUUCAUCUACCAAAGAAGUGUUGA